UCAAAGAAAACCUUAUAUUCUUCCUUUUUUUAAUAUGGGGAAGAUGGGCACCUUCGGACUCAACAGUCUUAUUGUAAAAAUCUUUAGGUCUCCAUGCAACCCAGCAAUUGCACUCCUAGUUAUUUUUCCCUGAGAAAUGAAGCUUACAUUCACAUAAAAAUAUGUACCUGAAUGUUUUAGAAGCUUUAACAUAACAACCAGAAACUGGAGACAACCAGAUUUCCUUUAAAAGGUGAACAGGUAAACCAACUGGUGGUACCUCCAUAUCAGGGGUACUACUCAGCAAUCAAAAGAGACUCGAUACAGACAAUGACCUGGACAAAUCCCUGGAGAAUUAUGUUGAAUGGGGAUUAUGAGAAUUAUGGUUCCAUUUAUGUAAUAGUCUCAAAAUGACCGUAUUAUAAAAAUGGAAGAGUAAUGGUUUCCAGAGGAUAAGGAGGGGUGGGGACAGGAGGGAAAUAGGUGUGGCUAUCAAAGGGCAGUAUGAGAUAUCCUUGCGGUAAUGGAAGUGUUCUGUGUCUUGAUUAUACCAAUGUUAAUAUCCUGAUGGUGAUACGGUACUAUGGUUUUGCAAGAUGUUACUGUGGGGGAAACUGGGUAAGAGAUACACAUAACCUCUGUAUUAUUUCUUUCUUUCAACCCUGAUUUUCACUUUCAACCCAGCACUGAUAGCCCUUAUGAUACAACCUGACUUACAUACUGUAAAUGGAGCUUCGUAAAGUACUAUUAUUUCCUUAUGUAAGUUUAUUUAAAGGGAUUUGAUAGCAGUGAACAUGUAUGAACAGUGAAAGGUUAACCUUAGUUUCAGCCGGAGCUUUAAAUUUAGGAUUUAGACUUUAUAUUCCACCACUUAACAUGGUACUGGCACAUUUCAGUCACACAGUACAUUUUUGUUUAACAAAUUAAUAUUGAUUUUCUGUGGUUCGUACUGCCUGUCCAUGAUCCUCACUUCUGGGAUUCCUCAAAGAAGAAUUCAGUGGGACAGACAGGGUACUCUGGAAAUGUCUGUCAGCGCAGAGGGACACCUGUCCGGGUGCCAGUGGGAGUGGGAAGGCAGAGCAGCACCACAGUUCUGGAGGAGUGGGGUCAGGCAUGUGGAAAAGACUGCAGAUCAUUGCCGGCACAUUUCUGGAUAUCCUGUUGAACCUUCUUAAGAAUUCAGAGAAACUGCCAGGUGACCACUGAAAGAAAGAUCUAAUCUUAAAGCUUACGCAUAUCCCAUCCACCACAUCAGAACGAUGUCCUACGUUUUUGUAAAUGAUUCUUCUCAGACUAAUGUCCCCUUGCUACAAGCCUGUAUUGAUGGAGACUUUAACUAUUCCAAGCGGCUUUUGGAAAGUGGCUUUGACCCAAAUAUUCGUGACAGCAGGGGCAGAACAGGUCUUCACCUUGCAGCAGCCCGAGGGAAUGUAGACAUCUGCCAGUUGUUGCAUAAAUUUGGUGCUGAUCUUCUGGCCACAGAUUAUCAAGGGAACACAGCUCUUCAUCUCUGUGGUCAUGUGGAUACUAUUCAAUUUUUGGUUUCCAAUGGACUCAAAAUUGAUAUUUGCAAUCAUCAAGGUGCUACACCCUUAGUUCUGGCAAAGCGCAGGGGAGUGAAUAAAGAUGUCAUCCGAUUGCUGGAAUCUUUGGAAGAACAGGAGGUAAAAGGAUUUAACAGAGGAACUCACUCAAAACUGGAGACCAUGCAGACAGCUGAGAGUGAAAGUGCCAUGGAGAGCCAUUCGCUUCUCAAUCCCAACCUACAGCAAGGUGAAGGAGUCCUGUCCAGCUUCCGAACCACAUGGCAAGAAUUUGUAGAGGAUCUGGGCUUCUGGAGGGUUUUGCUCUUGAUCUUUGUCAUUGCUUUGCUAUCUCUUGGCAUUGCCUACUAUGUGAGUGGGGUGCUGCCCUUUGUGGAAAACCAGCCUGAACUGGUGCAUUAAAGGAGCUCAUGGGAGAUGAGGCAGAUAGACGCCUGUUUCCUGGCUUCUAAAGUUUUUCAGUUUCUCAAAAUGGUUCUCAGUACAGGCAGUUUUUUCUUUCUGCAUUUUUACAUAUUCUAAUCCUUUUAGAACAAUGUGUAGUUAAGGAUACUGCAUCCUAAAGCUACCUCUGACUCAACUCGACUUCUUAGGAAAGCCUACACAUAGCCUUGUUUGAUAAAAAUAUGGAAAUGACUAAAGAAUGAAAGAUAAAGGAAGAAACUAGGAAGUCCUUGCUAUAGAAAUGGUACUGUAAUAUAGGACCAACUAAAGUGAAGUUGAAAAUUUUAAUUAGUUUUGGUGGGUGGUUUUGUUUUGUUUUUUGUUUUUGCCAGAGCCCGUUUUCCCUUUUUAUUUAUGUUUUCUGGGAUUAGGGGAGAGAAUGAAGCAUUCAGCUGAAAACUUGAAGUGCUAUUUUCAAAGCCUACAUAGUAAAUCAGUAUUGUUGGAAUCUGGUUUAUUUUAAUACUUUCAAGUCUAGUCACAAACCAAGUAGAACUUUUGAAAGUAAGUUAUAUUUUCUUCAAAAAUGUUUGAUUUGAUCUUAUAUUUAUUUGUUUUUAGGGUCAUUUUGAAUUUUUUUGUUUGUUUGUAAACUGCUUAGCUUGUUUUUAAUAUCUAGGAAGAAUGAACUGGAGGGGUUCAUUUCACUUUUCAAUUUCCCCUAAUGUUUAUUUCAAAGGUAUUCUAUUCAUCAGAAAUAUAGUCAGAAAACUCUUUCUAUUCAGUAGUUAGCAGGGAAAAAUAAUUCUGAUAGUUAACUGUGACUAUAAUUUUGUAGUGCUAUUAUUAUAGUGAAAAAUUCAGUUCUGUAAGCUUGCCAUGUUGUCACAGCUGUAUCAUAGUUCAUAAUUAUGUUAUGUGCAAUCCUGUUUAGAGGCCCUGUAGAAUUGUCAUAACAAUCCCAUCCAUGUCAGUAAUUCUCUGAUAGCAAGAAUGGAUGGAGUAUUUCUGAGUUAACAAUGCUGAACACAUUUGUACUGGGUUUCAUAAACACUUUAUGAAUGGUAAUAUUAUGUAAAUUUAAAUCUGGCCCCCAAACUGUAUUGCAGCUUUCGGCAGUAUGUUUGAAGGCCUCUUGUUAAUGAUUCUGUUAUGUAUAAAUCAUAUUCUUGGGUUAUUAAAAAAGAAUAUGAAGACUUGAUAAUUAUUCAUUGGGUAUGGUUAGAAAACUGUAGUGAAAAACUAAUGGUUUUACUUUUUAGAACAAAGGCAUCUAUGCUACUGCUAAUCGAAUUGCUAAAAUUAGAAAUUACAGUUUAGAAUAGAAUUGGUAUUACGGAUUCAUUUUGCUUGUUGUUAUUUUCUCUUUUGUAUUUAUAUAUCUAGGAUUGAGGUGUUUUCUUUCAUGUGGCUUUAUCCUCACUUAAAGAGCUGUUUUAAAAUUUCCUGAUUUACCUGGCUGCAUCAGUGUCAGCUCACAGAGUCUUGCUUUCAGGUUAGAUUCAAAAACAAUAAAUCAUACUUGGUAUAAAUACAUCAAAAAUAGCAGACUUUAGAGUGGAGAGGAGAACACUAGAAAUCAAACUAUAUUCACAAUGAAAGUUGUGGAAUUUACAUUUGUAAAUCUAAACAGAUAUGCAAAAUUGGUUAAACAUACAUGUAAAUAUGUUGAGCUUUUUUAAAUAGAGGUUUCCUUUUAAGUGGUGAUUUCUUUGUAUUCUCUUCUCUGCAUUCAGAAUUCAUUAACACUACCAAUAAAUGUAUUUAUAAUCUCUUAAUCAAAAUCCA